AUGGAGGAGAAGCUGCUGCAGAUGCUCCAAGAUGUUGGGUACACAGGGCCGAUGCUCGACUCUAACAAGCUGUCGGACGCCUUGAAAUAUGGAGCAAAAUCUCCGGAUUUUACUGGUCUCGUAAGCUGGUUCGCGGAGCAACUGGCGACAUUUGUGGACACAGAUGAGACUGUUCAUGCCACAACAAGCGCGGACGAUGCCAGUUCCUUCCUCUUAGAGUUAAGCUUCUUUCUUAAGGAAAUAGGAUGCGUGAAUGAGAAACUGAUGACUGGACAUAUGAAUCAAAGGCUAGCUAAUGAGUCUGAAAGAGCUAUCCUAAUAGAAUUUUUAGCGGCGGAGCUUAUGGCUUGCAAAUUAUUGGCAGUGAAAUGUCCCGAAGAGGAGAAACAAAUGGAAGUGAUCAUUGAUGAAAGUGACACCGCAAGGAACUUGAAGAAUAUGCUAGUCGUAUUAAAGUUUCAAAAGCCGCCGGACAAUAUUUCGCCUGAAUUAUUGUUUUCAAGACUGGAAACUAAAUUAUCGGAAGUUCUAAAGACUGUACCACCUCAACAUCUCGAUAAACCGCUUAUAGAUGUCGAGCUCUCGGCUAAACAAUGGGAGCAACUAGGUAAACUGCAGGAAGAAAUGCAUAAGGAAUACGCAACUCGCCGUGAGAUGUUGCUCAAACGUCUUGACGUUACCGUUCAAUCAUUUCUGUGGUCGGAUAGGAUAAAGAAACAGGAGACUGAAGUAAAUAGUAAAUACGAGGAGAGAAGAAAGACUCUGAAAAGCGAGCCGAAAGUGACAAUGGCCGAUUUACUAGCGGCUAGAGACGAUCUAGCGGUGAUCGAGAAGACGAGUAACGCGAGCGUUCGCAAGAAUACACGAAGCAAAAUCAACAGUGUCAUUAUCGGGGCGGUACCGGACAGAGGUGGUAGACCGUACGAACAAGAGCCACCUCCACCAGAGAUGCCUUCAUGGCAGAAGGAUAGAGUUCCAGGACCGCAGUCAUUCCAGGGCGGAAGAGGAGGAGGUGGAGGCGGACGCGGGGGUAGCAGAGGCGGCAGAGGCGGAGGUGGAGGCGGUGGUGGCAGAGGCGGAGGCGGAGGUGGAGGCGGUGGCGGCAGUGGUGGAUAUCGAGAUCAUAAAGACGCCAGUAGUAAUUUUGGUCAGAACUUGGAUUAUCAGCAAUCUCAAUAUUCUGGACAUGGACAUAGAGAAUGUUAUCCGGAUCAUAGAGGCACGGGAGGGUAUCAAAGAGGAGGCGGUGGCGGUGGCGGCGGCGGCGGCGGUGGCAGCAGCGGUGGUGGAGGUUAUCGCGGCGAUUCCGGCGCGAACUACAGUCAGAACUACAAUCAGAAUUACAAUCAGAAUUAUAAUCAAAGUUACGGUCAGAAUUAUCAACAGCCACAGUAUUCCGGCCAGAGGGAUUCGUAUGGAGGUGACAAUCGGAGCGGCGGAAACUACCGUCAGGACAGGAGGGAAAGCGGAGGAAGGGGAGGCAGAGUUCAAGGUGGAUGGAAUCAGGGUGCCAAUAAUCCCGGUGCGAAUAGCUAUCAACGCGGCGGCUACAACAGGGGCAGACAGUACUGAAUACGCCACUUAGCGCAUAUUUUUAAUGAUAGUAAAAAUUUCUCACGGGGAGAGAAUGUUAUGAUAUUGAAAUAAUUAUGGUGAUUGUAUUCGCCAUUAGUCCUGGUCUACAAUUACUACAAUAAGUGCUUUAAGCCCUAAGCCGUAAGAAAUUUAUCAAUCGCAGUAGAAUGUGAGGAGAAUACUCGACUGUGAUUGGUCAAUUUCUUACUGCUUAGAGCUUUUUAGCUUAAAUACCCUUAGUCCCCACCUACAAUAGGUGCUUUAAGCUCUAGUUUUUGUUUAAGAGAGAAAUUACAUAGGUUCUAAGCCUCAAGCUCUAAGCUUUUAAAGAUGGGAGUUGGUCAACUCACUUCGGGCUUAGAGCAGCGCGAGGAACGCUCAAGGCCGGAAAUACAUCACAGUUUAGAGUAUAAAGCAUAAAGCUUAUAGGGCUUAAAACACCUAUUGUAGAUGGGCACUUAAAGCAAGGUUGUAGACCAGCACUUACUUACGCUUAUGCUGUACUCACAUGUAACUUUUUGGUCUCAAAAUAUCUGAGUUCUGAAUAUUUAUGAUAAAUGAUAUUGAAUAAUUGUGUCGUUUUUAGAUCACAAGCUAGCUAACAAUUCGAAGUUACGAGGGUCGGCGCGAAAGUAAUGCCUCCUCUAAUUUUUUUCUUUCGAAUCUGGAGCCACAGAAAGUGUUUGCAUUUCACUGACAAUGAGCUUUGGCCCUCGUAUAACGUUGCAUUAAGAUAGAAUUAUUAUUUAUCUCUUUCGUAACGACAGCUUUCAAGCUCAUCGUUAUUCGAUUUAUGUAUAUAUAACUGUUUUCCUAUACAAAUUGAAUGUAAUGAAGAUAACUUGUAAAUACAUGUUCGUCCAUCGGAAAUAGCGGAUUGAAAUUAUAAUUUAUAACGCGAGGCAUGAAGAGACUAAAUUAGCCACUUAAAUUUUGUAUUAAAUCGCGCAUUAUAUACGUAUCAAAAAAUAUAUAUCAUGAGCAAUA